UUUUUUUUAAUAUAUAUAAAUUUAAAAAUUAAAGACAAUAUGACAGAACUUAAUUUUGAUUGUCUUACACUUAUUUUUGAUGAAUUACGAACAGAUAAAAAAUCCUUACAUUCAUGUCUUUUCGUUAAUAAGAAAUGGUGUAACAUUGUAGUUCCAAUUUUAUGGAAAUAUUCAUUAUAUAAUUUAAGCGAACAAAAAGAAGAAAAAAUUUUUAAUAUAAUACUUUCCUGUUUACCUUUAUCUUCUAAACAACUUUUAUUGGUUAAUGAUAUUAAAUUAUCAUCAAAAAUUCUUUUAAAUACUCCAACAUUUAAUUAUAUUAGUUUUUGUAAAUUUCCGGAAAAUGAAGUUAUAAGAAAAAUUAUAGAAAUGGUUUUAGGAGAUCUUACAAGAUAUUAUAAAAGAAAUAUUUUAGAACAAGAAAUUUACAAAUUAUUUGUUAGUCAAUGUAAAAAUAUUGGAGAAUUACGAUGGCAAACUUUACAACCUUUAUCAUUAUUUCCUGGGGCAUCAACAUGUUUCUCUCAACUUUAUAAUUUAUUUAUUGAUGUUUUUUCAUUAAAUUCUGAUACACUUUAUGAAAUGGCAAAAUUUUGUAAAAAUUUAAAUUCAUUAUCUAUUCAUAAUUUUUCUAAAGAUCUUCCUGGAUUGGUCUCUUUAAUUGAUGCACAGGUAAAUUUAAGGAGAGUAAAUCUUUGUACUAUUUUUAAAGGAGGAAAUUGUGAGGAUUUAAGCAAGGCGUUAACGAGAAAAUGUAAUACGAUAAGUUAUCUUUCUUUUAAUUCAAUUGGUACUAUUCCACCUUCAUUUUUAUCAUCACUCGUUAAUUUAAAGUGGUUAUCAAUUUUUAAUAAUGAAGAUUAUGAAGAUAUUGAAGAUGAUAUUAAAGAAUUACAAAAAUAUCUUGCUAUAUCAGAAUUUCCAAAUCUUCAAUAUCUUAAUAUUAAUGGAUUAUCAUGUUUUAAAGAAUUAUCAAUGUUAGUUGAAAAAACCAAAGGAAAUCUUUCACAUAUUGAUAUUUUUAAUAUUGAUAGGGAUAUUGCUAAAAAUACAGGAAUGUUAAUUAAAGUAAUUGCAGAAAAUUGUCCAAAUAUUAAAUUAUUAUUUACUUACCUUGAACCUCAAGAUUUUAUUCAUAUAAAAUCUUUAUUAAUAAAUUGUAGAUAUUUAAAAACAAUAAGAUUUGAUAGUUUAGAUUUUUUUAUGGAUGAAAAUGAUAAUAAUAUAGGGGAUGAAUUAUUAGAUAUUUUAAUCUCAUUUUCUCCAAAAUGUUUAAAUGAUAUAACUGUUAGUAAAAGUUGGAAAUUUUCUAUUAAUACUUUUGAACGUUUUUUUGAAAGUUUUAGAGAUCGACCUUUACAUUAUUUUUAUAUGAUUUGUCAUGGAAGAAGUUAUAUUACUGAAGAACAUAAAAUUAUGGUUAAACAAUAUAUUGAAGAAGGAGUUAUAAAAUAUUCAAGUUUUAGUUAAAUCAUAAGACGUAAGUAAUAUAAUUUUCACACACAUAUAUAUAUAUAUAUAUAUUAUAUCUCAAAUAUUUCAAGGAAUUUG